AUGGCACGCCAUCAGGCAGAUGGUCGCUGGUACCCAGCAAGGAUCACCUCUGUGGCUGGAUCCGCAGAGAAUCCCGUGUACUCUAUCCUGUAUACAAAGCACAGAACGACAGAUGUGGUAACAGCAAGUGAUCUUCGUCCUCGACAACAGCACGCAAAUGCUCAGGCUGGCAUGGCAGGAGAAGCAUCUGGACUCACCACAACAGCAACGAUGGCUAUGGCGUCAACCAAGCCAAAAAACACCGGGGCUUUGCGGCCUAUGACGAAUGAUGAGCGCGAGCGUGAACGUGAGCGGAAACGCGUACGCAAAGAAAAGAAACUUGAACGCGAAGCAGCAAAGAAUAUGGAGCAUGAUAGGAAGCAGUCAUCCUGGCAAAAGUUCCAAGCGAAAGCCGUCAAGAAAAAGUAUGGCGUGGCGGGUGACCGCAGCAUGUUCAAAACACCCGACGAUCCCUAUGCCAAGAGUACGUACAAUUGGUUUUGCACCAUCACUCACACACUUUUUUUUUUCCUUGCGUGGAACGAAUGGCAGUCGGAUCGUCUGGAGGUCGCGGUAUGA